UCGCUUCAGUGUGGGACUCGGUGGUGGCCGGUCACUAAUGCGUGCAGCACCCGGUGUGUGUAGUUGUGUGAUGGAGUUUCGUUGACACACACACACACACACACACACACACACACGCUCCGUGAUUCAGCUUCAGUGUGUCUGUCCACCGACGCGGCCACAUCUACCGGGAGCUACCGGAGCAGACAUGGCGGAGAACAUGAUCAUCAGGGUACAAUCCCCAGAUGGGAUGAAGAAGAUUCCCUCCACCAAGAGGGAGACAGCUGCUGCUUUUCUAAAGAAGGUAGCCAAAGAGUUUGGGUUCAACUCCAAUGGGUUUUCUAUUUACCUGAACCGCAACAAGACCGGCGAGAUCCUCUCCCAGAACAAAACUCUGAGCCUGCUUAAGAUCAAGCAUGGCGACAUGCUGUUUUUGUUCCCUUCAGGAUCUCCUUCCUCCUCCGGGGAGGUGAUGGACACGGCCACCCCGCACUCAUCUUCAUCACUACCAUCCAUCUCAUCUUCUUCCUCGUCCUCUUCUUCGUCCUCCAUGAUCCCCCGGUCCUUCUCAGCGCCCCAAGUCCAGGAGGACGAGAUCGAUCAGUAUCUGGCCAAGCAAGACGGCAAGAUCUACAGGAACAAAGACCCACAGCUAUGUCGCCAUGGUGCUCUUGGAAAAUGUGUGCACUGUGUACCGUUAGAGCCUUUUGACGAAGACUACCUGAAUCACCUCGACCCACCAGUGAAGCACAUGUCAUUCCACGCAUACCUUCGCAAGCUGACGGGUGGAGCUGAUAAAGGGAAGUUUGCAGCUUUGGAGAACAUCAGCUGUAAGAUCAAGUCGGGCUGCGAGGGCCACCCUCCCUGGCCGGAGGGGAUCUGCACCAAGUGCCAGCCCAGUGCCAUCACACUGAACAGACAGAAAUACAGACACGUGGACAACAUCAUGUUUGAGAACCACACCAUCGCCGACCGCUUCCUGGACUUCUGGAGGAAGACGGGCAGUCAGAGGAUGGGAUACCUGUACGGCAGGUUCACCGAGCACAAAGACAUCCCUCUGGGCAUCAGAGCUGAGGUGGCUGCCAUCUACGAGCCGCCGCAGAAUGCCACGCAGAACAGCCUGGAACUGGUGGACGAUCCCAAAGCUGCAGCUGUGGACGAGAUCGCUGCCAAACUGGGCCUCUGCAAGGUGGGCUGGAUCUUCACUGACCUGCUGUCUGAGGACACGAGGAUAGGCACCGUCCGCUACACGAGAAACAAGGACUCGCACUACCUGAGCGCAGAGGAGUGCAUCACAGCUGGAUACUUCCAGAAUCAUCAUUCAAACCCUUGCAGACUCUCUCGAGACGGCCACUUUGGCUCCAAGUUUGUGACCGUGGUGGCAACAGGAGGUCCAGACAACCAGGUGCACUUUGAAGGAUACCAGGUGUCCAAUCAGUGCAUGGCUCUGGUGAGAGACGAGUGCCUGCUGCCCUGCAAAGACGCUCCCGAGCUGGGCUACGCUAAAGAGUCGAGCCCUGAGCAGUACGUACCAGACGUCUUCUACAAGGACAAAGACAAGUUUGGAAAUGAUGUCACGUUCCUCGCCCGGCCUCUCCCCGUCGAGUACCUCAUCAUAGACAUAACCACCACGUUUCCAAAGGACCCCCAGUACACCUUCUGCUCCACACAACGCUUCCCCAUCGAGAACCGUGAUAUCCUGGGAGAGACACAAAAUUUCCACAGUUUAGCGACGUACCUGUCCCAGUGCACCUCCACGGCAUUCCUGGACAUCGUGUCGGACUUCCAUCUGCUCCUCUUCCUCGUCACCAAUGAAGUCAUGCCUCUGAGAGACAGCAUCGGGUUGCUACUGGACGCAGUGAGGACUUCUAAUGAGGAUCUGGCACAGACCUGGAAGAAGUCGGAGCAGUGGGCCACCAUCGAGCAGCUGUGCAGCACAGUUGGCGGGCAGCCCUCCAGCUCUCUGGGUUACGGCGCCAUGGGCGGCCCCUCAGUCCCCGCCUCCUCCUCAGCCAUGUGGUCCUGCCUCCACUGCACCUUCAUGAACCAGCCCGGCACAGAGCACUGUGAAAUGUGCAGCCUGCCCCGCAGUUAAAAACCCCCCCUGUGCCCUCCAUCCUGCCCCGCCCUGCCUCGCCUCGCCCUGCCCCGCCAUGACCUUAUCCCGCCCGGCCCUCCUGUUAACUCGCCAAUGACAUCAGUGCACCAGGACCAGCUGCGAGAUGUGGACGCCCUCCUUUGUGUUCUUUGGCCUCCCUUCGAAGCCUCUUGUUGUUCCCAUCUCACAGGCUGCUGUGACGCGUGAACGGGAUGCAAGCGUUUACAUCGAAUUCGAAGAUUAAUCCAAUCAAACCAGAUCCCUCCUCACGGCGGCUCGUUAGCGGCGGGGUUCGUUAAGGUAAAGCACUUUUGGCUGAGGCCCCUUUCCCUCAGUAAUCACCCCCCCUCAAAUAAAUCCUGCUGUGACUCAGGACGACAGCAAAGACUCGAGUGUGUGGACGUUCUCUCACAUCAGUGCCCCUCUCACUCUCACUACGUCUUCUGGAAAAUCUUGCUGUGUAUAAAUACAUUUGAGGAAUGAUACUGUUAUUUAAUUAAGCUUCUUCUUUUCUUUUUUUUUUUUAUCCGAUUGUAGCGAAACCUUAAAAAUUUUGAAUCUUCAGCGUGGAUUCUUCAGUCAGGUGUUUCUCGGUCUUGGUCUCUUUGACAAGCCCCUUAAAGUACAAUCAUCGGUCGGAGCUCAGACCUGAAAACUCUUUGGAGCUGUAGGGUAAUUCCAGCAGAGAGUUUAUAUUUUCAGUAUUAAAUUACUUUAAAAAUAAGUCCCACGUUGGACACGGAAAGCUCUUCACCCCUGACAUCCUCCACUGAUCACAGACGUAACACGUGAUGUUGGUUCCUAAAGAUCUUCUCUGGUUUGUUGAGUUGUAGCUUGGUGGAUCGAACUCGAACAGGCACGAUAUGUAGCUUUUAUUUGAUCAGCUCCCCGUCGUCGUCGUCACUGACUCGCACUGUAUCAUCCGGUCGGUGCUCCUCCAAAUAACUGGUGCUCGCCGCUCUCCUCCCUCCCUCGUCACUCCCUACCUGUGGUUCUAUUGUUUUUCUUUCUCGCUGGCGCCAGUCCAGAGGAGUCAGACCAUGACGGACGCUCCUCCUCUGAACCCCCCUCCGGGUUAUUUUCCAUAACUCAGCCUUCAAAGACUUUGCUGCUGGAAGAGGUCGCAGGUCAGCGCAGAGAGAACGGCGCCUUCGUCUGUGUCUGCGUCGUAUUUUUCGGUACUCGAGCAGAAGCCUUGAGCUUCUUCCACCAGGAGGCGAAAGAAAAGUGCUAAAACAUUUCCUCACUUACCUCGAGAUGUAAUCAGAGACACACCCAGUGUGGUUUUUAUUUGCGGUGCUAAGAACGUUCAAAUGUGACUUUAACAACAAAAUUUCAAAGGCAGAAACUUCUCGACAAAUAAAAACACUCGAUAAAGAUGAGACGAGCUGUGAGAGGGGAAAUGUUUCUGCAGUCAGCGGCGUCACGUGGGGCUGUCGGUUAAAACGGAUUCUUCAGUUUCUCUCAUGAGACUUAAUAUUUGGGACCAAAACUUGUGAGAUCAUUUAAGUCUUGGCGGUUCAGUUCUGGUUUCACGUCAUUCACACGUUCACAUCUGGCAUCGUUAGUUCGAGCCGCUCAUAUCGUUGCUGAACAUGCGUCCAUCAGAACAUUUUGGUAUCAUCAGCAAACGUUCACACUCACGAUAGAAGCUUCAGCUGUCGUCCAGAUGGAAACACAGAAAAGCUUUGAGGCCGACACACUGAUUCUGUGUGUUUUAGGUUUUCUACUUUAAAUUGGAGAAUUUUUAAAUAAUUCCAAACUCACAGAUGUCUCUGUUCAUAAUCCCGAUUUCUUCAGAAUCUCUUCUAAUCUGCGUCCUCUGUGUGAUCUCUGCUGACUGACAACAAUCCUUCUGUCAUCACGUUGUUUUCUUGUGCUCCGUUAACGUGAAGACUGAGCGAGGUCGCUGACGGGGGAAACGGGCGUCUUCGGUUGAGAGGGCGAGUCGCGGGCCGCAGAUCUAUUUAUGAGACGUGUGCUUCUUUGUGAGAGCUUGACGGUGAUUCCAUUGAUGGAGUGAGAAUAUAUUUUUAGUUGUAGGUUCAUUUGAAAAUGCUUGAAGAGAAAAAAAACUACUUUUUUUUUUGUGAUCAUUCUCGCCCCACGUGUGAAUUUCUCGAGAGCGAUUAUCUGAUGUCAUGCUGACGGACGGACGGACGGACGGCAGUGACCUUUGUUCCUUUUGUACUGAUCCAGGGGCCGUUUGCUGAGCAAGCAUGCUCUUGGAGUUGCAGCCGGUCCUCACUUUGUUUCCACUGAGCUAACCGAGGACCUGACAUUGAAAGUUGUAUGCUGUUGACCUGGAUUUGAAACAAAAUAAAAAAAAUAA